UGGAGCGGUAGGUUUUUCAGCGUAAAAAUAAUUCACAUUUCUUUGUGUUGCCAUUAAAACUGCUUUCCGUAUCGUGAAUCUGAUAUCAUAAUUUUCUUGAGCUAAACGUACGCUGUGUGUUACCGUUGCUGUGGAUAUUCUUGCUGAUAAAUCAUGCUACAACAGUUUGUUUUCCUGUUUCUGACCACGAUCGUGCUUUGUGCGGAUUGUGCUGCAGCCGACGGAAUGGAUUUCGGUGAUGGCGCGGCACUGGUCCUAGGAGUGCUCAUAAGCAUCGUCGGCAUACUGGCAUGCCUGGGUGCACACGCCCGAAAACUGCGGGCUAAUCAGUUUUAGACUUAACGUUUGAAACUGUCUCCCAACACCAACCAAAUAAUAAUUUCAACCAAGUACACACAAUCGGCUGAAGGAGCGUCAUUUCUAUUUCAUUCCAUAGUUUCUUAGUGAAGUAAGCAUGAGCUACCUAAGAACCCUCCGAACGGUGGCACUAUCGUCCGGAAGAUUAUCUACGCACACUUAUAGGGAACAUGCGGUGCUAACAACGCCACGGUGGAACAAUGCCAGUGUCCAGGGAUUCCUUCCGCAAUCGGCGGUACGGCAGUUUUCCUACGAAGCUACCGUCACCAGCAUUUGGCAAUCGAUCUCCCACAGCAAACCGGUAGCUUACGUUCAGCAUGGGAUGAUAGAUUUUCACGAUUUCACCGGACUUCCCUGGUGGGCGACGAUUAUUCUCGCGACGGUUGGCCUACGAACAUUUGUCACCUUGCCGCUUGCGAUCUAUCAGAACAAAAUAUUGGCACGUCUGGAAAAAAUUUCAAUGGAAAUGCCCGACAUUAUCAAGGAACUGAAGAUGGAAACAGCCUACGCUAUAAAAAAAUUCAAUUGGUCUGAAAAGGAAGCGCGCAUCAUGUACAAUCAUUCGCUUAAAAAACAGUGGAACAAACUAAUCGUCCGCGAAAACUGUCACCCAGCCAAGACGAUGGUACUGCUCUGGGGUCAGAUACCGCUGUGGAUAGUGCAGUCGGUGGCAAUUCGAAAUUUGGUGUCCCUUAUGCCCGAUCCGACCGCCAUCGAGGCGCAGAUUGCAUACACCGAGUUAACAGUGGGUGGUUUCGGUUGGAUACCGAAUCUGACCGAAUUAGAUCAAUCACUUAUACUACCGGUUGCGCUGGGUGUUAUAAACUUAACUAUCAUCGAGAUUCAAGCUGCGUCUCGAACAAAGCUACCCUCGAAACUUCAAACCGUAUUUACCAAUCUGUUUCGUGUGCUAAGCAUCGUAAUGGUUCCAAUUGCUGCUUCCGUUCCUUCGUGUCUUUGCCUGUACUGGGUCUCGUCCAGUGCAUACGGAUUGGGCCAAAAUCUGUUUCUUCUAUCUCCUCGCGUUCGUCGCGCCGUAGGAAUUCCAGCCGUACCGUCAGAGUCGUCCCAACCUUACCAACACCUAUACCACAAGUUAACGUCGAAGUUCAGUGCCCUAAGCAACCGUUUGUCCAGUUCUAAUCCCAGCCCGAAAGUGUGAUCCGUUCGAAUAAGAUAGUUAAAGUUUCAAUACAUUAAUUUUAAAUUAUGCACUUUGCUUUUGUACAUAAACCACGUUUACGGGCGUUUUAUUAUAUAUCUUAUAUUGCUAACCCCAUUGAUGUUUUUUCAGUAUCACUACGUUAAUAAGAGAUAUAAAAGUGUAAAAAUGCCAUCAAAAAUAUUUAAGGUACAUUGCAACACGCUGUACUACUCAGCUACUCGGUGUCAUCCCCCGUGAUGUUUUCUGCGACGUUUACUGGUUCAUUGUUUCCGGAAGUUAAGUUUUUAGUUCUAUCUUAUUGAUUAAGGAGAGAAAACUUAUCGACGCCUUAAACUCCAUGCUGGUGCAGCGAUUGGUUGAGCUUCUGCUCGAUCCAGUCUCGAUAGUAGGCCACGUUCAAGUAAACUCCCGGCUUAUUCACGUAGCCACAGUGCUUUCCCCACGAGACGAUACCGGUUAGGACAUUAGUGCCUGGAACGAAACCAAAUAACAUGAGAUGUUUUCUCAAACUUAACCCAAGCCGUUGCUAGGUAUUGAUAGGCUAGAUAUCAAGUGGGAAUCUUGGUGAAGUGGAAAGCCACGUCGAGGCUCUUUAGCUAAAGAACAGCAACGAUCUUCGACACAAAUUUUGUUAUGAAAAUUAUUUUCUACUCUUGAAUACAAUUUUCUGUUUAAAACUGUUGAUCACAGAGUUAUAUAUACAGCUUUGGACUUUAGUAUUAAACAUUUUGUUGUGUUAAACAUUACUGUUUUAUAAAAGGCGUAAGAAAAUAAAGGAAGUUUCGUACAAUGU